AUGCGAUUCGCCCCCCCCCCCAGAUCAAACAUUAACUGUUUUGUCUAUUUUCGGCAAAUUCAGUUUUCGUAUUCAAUUACUAUCCAAUUCUCUUUUGGAAACCUAUUUUUCCUGAUCAACGUUUUACGCGUGUUCGUGAAAAGACUGCGAGAAAGUUUUAUUCUCAAUUACAGGAAAGCAACCAAAGCCGCAUUCAUGCUCAUGCCUCUUUUGGGAAUCGCGAAUGCAGUUGUUCUCAUAGAAGAGCCGAUAAAUCCGUGGGGAAUGUUAGUUAUCACUGGACUACAACGAUUACUGCCCUGUUGGCAAGGAUUGUUCGUGGCCGUGAUCUACUGUUUCAUGAACAGACAGGUUAGUGAUAUACAUCGCGCUCACACAUUUGAAGCUAUAUAUAGAUUUAUCGUUAAGGAUAGCAGAGUCCGUUGGAAACGAGGAGCGGGAACGACUGAAAAUAUACUCUACGCACUAAGAUACAUUAAGACAGAGACCAGAUUGGUCAGAAAACUGUUGUAUGUGAGAUAG